UGCUAUGCAUGUUAUGUGACUAACCAUCGUUCAUAGGCUUUGGUGACCGCACCCGGUUAAGUCCCGUCUAUCGCCCUAUUUAAAAAGAAAACAGGAGCGAAUUUAAUUUUAGUAUUAUUUAAUACACUGUGGGGGCAUAUAGUUUAAUCUCCUGAUAAUGUUUCCCUUGGAGAGUAUUUUUUUUAUUGCGGUGCUGUGUGUAGUAAACGCUGCGAUUACAGUUAAUACUUAUGAAGAUGAUGUGGAAACCAUUAGAACAAACAAACUCGAUGAGGUGGAAAGCUGUAACGAUGGAUCGUGCGACCGAACAUGUCGGCUUUUGGGGUUUGACUCCGGAGUUUGCGUGGGCGAUACAUGCGAAUGCAGGAAAUUCCACCGAGACAAUGAUAAACGUAAACUGAAUGAUAUAUUGAGUGUGGAUGAAGGUAUAACUGGAUCAGGGUUAGAUGGUUGUAACCCUAACGCCUGCGAUCAACUGUGUCGUCGCUUGAAGUUCCCCGGUGGCGUAUGCGUCAAUGGUCGCUGCAAGUGUGACAACUUUCGACGAGAACCAGAAAUACUUGAACAAAACGAUAUACCAAGUUUAGAUGAAGGUGUUACUGGGGCAGGGUUGGGUGGUUGUGACCCCAACGCCUGCGAUCAACUGUGUCGUCGCUUGAAGUUCCCCGGUGGCGUAUGCGUCAAUGGUCGCUGCAAGUGUGACAACUUUCGACAAGAACCAGAAGUACUCGAACAAAACGAUAUACCAAGUUUGGAUGAAAGUGUUAUUGAGACAGGGUUGGGUGGUUGUGACCCCAACGCCUGCAAUCAACUGUGUCGUCGCUUGAAGUUCCCCGGUGGCGUAUGCGUCAAUGGUCGCUGCAAGUGUGACAACUUCCGACGAGAACCAGAAAUACUUGAACAAAAUGAUAUUUCUAGUCUGGAUAGUGCUAUUGGAACAGAGUUGGGUGGCUGUAACCCCAACGCAUGCGAUCAACUGUGUCGUCGCUUGAAGUUACCCGGUGGUGUAUGCGUCAACGGUCGCUGCAAGUGUGACAACUUUCGACAAGAACCAGAGACAAUGAUGGAAAGGGAAGUUGAAGAACAGCUCCAGGCUGGGUGCACUAAUGCUGGAUGCAGCAUUCUAUGCCAUCUUCUUGGAUAUCGAUACGGAGUGUGCAUUGGAAAUACUUGCAAGUGUAGCAAUGCUUUAAGAACAGCUGAUGGUCUUGAAAUCUCGCUGGGCCAAGAGAUAAAGGAGGAUAUUGUUAAUUCAGUUGCACGAAAUGCAGUAGUCACCAAGGCCGUAAGGAACUGCGACCCGCUGGCUUGUAUGAUGGGGUGUCAAGAGCUAGGCUUUCCUGGAGGAUCGUGCUUCUUGGACAAGUGCCGCUGCAACAAGAGAGAUGAAGAAGAUGAAAAGAGGUCGUGGCAAGCAUGCAACAAUGUCAACUGCUAUUUUAUGUGUCGCAGCUGGGGCUACAUCGGCGGUUCAUGCCGAGGUGGUACUUGUUUGUGUGUGUAAUCCGUAGAUUAAUGUAAGAACUUCAAUUGAUAAGUUUUGAUGACGGUAUGUUCGAAUAACUGUUAAUUUAUUAAUGGAGAGCACCUUUCAUUUCAUUGAUCUUCCGUAAGAAUUACGUAUGUGUCUUUCAACUUUAGUUUUCGCUACCUUACUCUGUCUCCUAAAGAAAAAUUUUGUUGUCAUACUCAACCAUGCCACGAUUGUUUUAUCAUUAUGUUGUAAAUAAGGAACAAAGCAUUAAAAUUUUAUGUGAUGUUUAGAUUAAGCUUUUUUACGAUAUGAUAAAACAAAAUAAAUAAUAAUGCUGUUUU